CAGAGCGGUUGUAUCGGACUGCUGUACCACAGAGUCUUGUGAAAUAUUUCCUUCGUAAAAGCAGUAACUGUUCAUACGUUCUCCGAUCAUUCAGGAACAAGCACUGGCUACAUUCAAAGGAAUAAUUGUUCAGUGAGCAAUAUAUUGGGGAUAUUAAACAAUACAUCGUGCAUUUCGUAAAAUGGAUGUAUCAAGCCCACCGGCGUCGGUACAGAACUUGAAUGAAACAUUUGCAGACAUGAUCAGUAAUGAAACUGCAACAGCAAACGCCUCAAACGUCAUGAUUGAGCCCCAUCAGAACAUUGAAGCAAUAAUUGUCCCUGUUCUCUUCGCAAUUAUUUUUCUGAUCGGAACUGUUGGAAACGUAGCUCUAAUCGUGACUGUGUUGAAAAACAAAUCAAUGCGAAAUACGCCUAACAUUUUUGUUGUCAGUCUAUCAGUUGGUGAUUUGUUUCUAUUGUUGUUUUCCGUGCCAUUCUCCUCCACAUUAUAUUCACUAACGUCUUGGCCGUUCGGAAGUAUUGUUUGUAAAUUGAAUGAAUACAUGCAAACACUUUCUCUCGGAGUGUCUGUGUUCACAUUAACCGCUCUCAGUGGGGACAGAUAUAUCGCUAUUGUGCAUCCAAUGAGCAAACAUAUGGGCAAACCGAAGUUAAUAACAGUCAUCACGGUGAUCGGAAUAUGGAUUCUUGCUAUGGUUCUGGCGAUCCCCGAAGCAGUAACGUCCGACCUUAUGUAUUCUCUCGGUCAUAUGCCAAAUACUGGCAACACAACUAAAAUUCCACCGACUAUUGCAUUCUGCGACAUUUAUCCAGAUGGACGUUUGCCAACAUGGUACCCUAAGGCGCACUCAAUGUUUCGUUUUAUCGUUUUCUUUCUGGUCCCAGUAAUAAUCAUUGGCGCGUUUUACACAAUGAUGGCGAGGAUUCUGGUAGUCAGCAGUCGGCAGAUGCCUUGCGAGUCCGUAAAAGACACAUCUAUGAACCAACAACAAAAACGUCAGGUGCAGGCGCGCGUGAAAGUGGCAAAAAUAGUCAUGACUUUUGUUCUUAUAUUUAUAUGCUGCUGGUUACCGAGGCAUAUAUCGAUUCUUGCCGGUAAUUUCUUUGAACCGGAGUACAAUAUGGGUUGGCACGUACUGAAAAUAGCCUCCUUCUGUCUCACGUUUAUAUAUUCGUGUGUGAACCCGUAUGCAUUGUAUUUCCUAAGCAGCCAGUUUCGGAAAUAUUACAAUCGAUACCUGUUCUGUUGUUGUCCAAAUGUUCAGUACAGAAGCCUUGCGACUGAACAGUCUGCGAUGUACAACUUCAACAGCACUCGGCGUGGAAGUACGAGUUUGACUGGUGUUGUGCACUCGCAGUCCAUGUGCUAGUGAAUCGUAACAGCGGGCAAUGUGCCAUGCGUAUUAUUAGUCUAUAUCAGUAGUAGUUUUUACUCUGAACAUACAUCACCCGUAUAAUUGUUUUGUUUUGUGUUUAAGUGUUUGAACUACACAUACAACCGACCUAUCUGGAAAUAGUAAUUAUUCGGAACUCUGUUUUUUUUGUACUUUGAGCUUGCUUACGCGAUGUACAUAUACACAUAACACGCAUCCAUAAGGUAAUUUAUUGUCAGUCAUUUAUAAAUAUAAGUUUAAGUAAUGUUUGUCAAUGUGCGAAUAUUCAUUACAUUUAAAUAGCGUUAAACAGGUGUGUUUGUGCCUUUGUUUUCAGAAUAUUGUCUGUUAUGCGUGUAGAGAAAAUAUGCAGAAUGUAUAAACGUUGAUAGUGUGUAGUAUUUACAAACCGCAACACUCAAAUAUUAUAUAUAAGUGUGAGUGCUCGAUAAGACAAAUAAAAUAUAUGUCUAUUAUUUAAAUAGUCUAUGAUUUGAAUAGGUUGGAUGUUGUAUUUAACAAAAGUAUC